AUGAGCUCUCAAGCGCAGCAGCGCGCGCCAGCCUACGCUCCGCGCGACACCCAUGCCGAGCGGCUCGCGGCCGCGGACCGGGAGGCCGCUGCCCGACGGGACUCCUCGACCAACUGGACAUGGUAUCCCGAAUACCACCUUGCACCGUACAUGGGGUGGAUGAACGACCCGACGGGGCUGGUGCACUUCCGCGAUCACUACCACGUUUUCUACCAGUACCACCCGUACAGUGCCGAGUGGGGUCCAAUGCACUGGGGCCACAUGACGAGCGAGGAUCUUGUGCACUGGCAGCACGAAAAGGUGGCGCUGGCACCAGGCGACGCGUGCGAUCGCAACGGCUGCUUCUCUGGCACCGCCGUCGUGCACGAAGACAGGAUGUACGUCUUCUACACGGGCCACUUCGCGCUUGACGCGGCGACGCCAAGCAACCCGGACGCCAUCUUUGAGCAGCAGUGCGUCGCCGUCAGCAGCGACGGCGUGAACUUUGAGAAGCUCGGCGCCGUCGUGCGCCCGCCACCGGGGUACGUGCACUUCCGUGACCCGAAGGUGUGGCAGCAGGAUGGGCGGUGGUGGAUGGUGUGUGGUGCCCGUGACGUGACGAAGGACCUUGGCCAGCUGCUGCUCUUCACCACAGAAGACCUGCUUAAGUGGGACGACACGAACUGGCAGGUGCUGGGGAUGACGGAGGACAAGAACGUGUUCAUGUGGGAGUGCCCCGAUUACUUCACGAUCGGCAGCCGCGAGGAUAUGAAGCUGCUUCUUUUUUGCCCUCAAGGAAAAAAGGCCAGCGAGUACAACUACCGCAAUCGCUUCCAGAAUGGGUAUACCGUCGGGCAGUGGAUGCCUGGCGGUCCGUGGACGGUGCAGCGGGAGUUCCGUGAGCUUGAUCGCGGCCAUGACUUCUACGCAGCACAGACGUUCCUCGCCGCCGAUGGCCAGAGGCGAAUGUUGAUGGCGUGGUGCAACAUGUGGGAGAGCCCCAUGCCGACAAAGCAGUAUGGCUGGAGCGGCUGCCUGACGCUACCGCGGGAGCUAAGCUAUAAUGAGGCGACAGGGCAGCUUUGCAUGCUGCCGGCGCGUGAGCUGGUCGGCCUGCGUACGCCCGAGAUGAUGAUUGUGCCUAGCCUUCUUGUAGAGAAUAACAGCGAUGCUCAGAUCCUUGAGAACUGCACUGCCUACGAGCUCGAUAUUGCCUUCAACAUGGAGACGAGCACGGCGGAGAAGUACGGGCUGUGGCUCGGCUCAGGGGCGGAGCUGUACGUGGACGCGCAGUCGAAACGGCUGGUGCUGAACCGCCACUACCCGCAACACAUGCUGAGUGGGUAUCGCUCCUGCGAGCUGCCGAUUGGUUUGCUUCUGCAGCUGCACGUGUUCAUUGACCGCUCGUCGAUUGAGGUGUUCGUGAACAACGGCGAGGCCACCUUCUCUUCCCGCGUCUUCCCGGACGAGGGCGACCGAGCGUUGCGCGUCUUCUCGGUCAACGGGACUGCGGACAUGGUGGGCGGUACCAUGUGGAAGCUGAAGGCGACGGUGAGGCACUGA